UACCUAGUGGGGCGGGUCAUGUUGGAGGGUAUGUGAACGCAACAUCAUCAUCACACACGGGGAGAUAGGAGGAGCGGAGGCUGCAGCCCGGCCGGCGGCGAGUAUGGUGCGUGUCACACACAGCAACAGGGGUAACGCGAGCGCGCCUCUGAGCUAAGCAUGGAGGAGUCGUUAUAAACCAGACAUUGGCGCUAUCAGGUGCAGGACCGGAGCCCUGAGCGGCAGGAACGGACACAGGACAAGUUAUUGUGUCUCUCGGUCAGAUGAUUCUCCGCCUGGUUAUCACAUGCUGUGUCAUGAAGCACAGAGAACAUUGACAUUAUUUAAAUUUUGGAAUAAUUAGAGGCGUAUUACAAUGGAGAGCACUAACUCUAGCCUCCAAUUGCACAAGCCCAUUCUGGAGCUCUGUUACGUAAGCUUCUAUCUUCCUCGGGGUAAUGUCAGGGGAUUCACGUACAAAUGCUGUGUAACACGAGACAAAGCUGGAGCAUGCUUUGAUAACUGUUUUCGAGUCAGGGAGGAGACGGAGCAGGCACAGCACAGGGAUCCACCUUAUGGAAGCUUUACAGAGGCCUUAAAGAAAACCACAACACGGGACCUGCUCAGAGAGCUGUACAAGCUCACUGCUGCUAAAGAUAAAUUGCUGAUUGAUCUCCUCCACGCAGCUAAGAACCCAGGAUUUAAAAUGGGAAAUCAGGAUGGCAAAUUUCAGGACCUGCCCGGAGCAUCCCAAUUUCUGGAGGACUCCUGUGGGCCCAUUGAUUUCCACGACUCAUUAACAGCCUCAAUGGAAAAAAAGGUUGCCUCAACAAAAGGGAAAAAAGGCAGGAGGUUCAGCCGAAGGAAAGAGAGCAUCGAGGACUUUGUCAACAAGAAAAUGAAGUGGAAAGGGGCCCCGGAAGCAGGGAUGUCACAGGGUAGAGAGAAAACACCCUCAAUAAGGGGAUCCCAAGCAGAAUCUAUUGACAAGUUGGUACGACCAAGACUCCAGUCUGUGGAGAAUAAGGACAGCUAUGCAGCUGGGCUUUCUGUGAAAAACACCCAUGGUAAACACAGUGAGAGCUCAGGGGUGCUUGGCCCAGAGUCAGCAAUGGGCAGUUUACAAUCUUUAUAUGACAAUGAUGUGUUUGGUGACUUCUCCGUGCUUCCUCAGAAUUCCAGCCCUGUGGGAGACCUGCAGGGUGUUGUCAGGAUUAUGCAGGAGCAGCACAAGAAUGCACUAGUAUAUGGCAGUUCAUCAAACAGGAGCUCCCUGGAACAGGAUGGCAGCGAGCCGUCUUGCAGGCAGAAAGAUGUCAGGACAGUUGUAGCUAAAGUGCAAGAUCUUAGUCCUUGUGUGCAGAGAGUGGUGACUACACAUAGCUUCUCAGAUGAGCUGCCUACAGAUGCAUGUAAGAAUGUCACUGCUGUCCUCUCUGCUGUGCCAAAUGAGUUUGUCUCUAAAGUGGAUGUGCUUACUGUGCAUGAGCCUGUUGAGCGACACCAGGAGGGGGGCACAAUUGCGGAUAGAACUCUCAAUGCGGAGACCAUGGCUGAUAAGGAGACUGUGCAAUCAUAUGGCUUUGUCAACAAAAGCCUCCUUAGGGUCCUUAAAAGUGACAGUGUGGAAGAGACAGAGUAUUGGCUGGGACAGCUGGAUCACAGAGGAAAGCAGGGCCGUGUGAGUCCCAGCCUAAUGAAACGGGUGUUUAAUUCGCAGGAAUCCUUAAAUUUACCAGUAUUCUCUCAAAAGACCAUUAAAGCAGAGAAGUAUGCAACAACCCCUCCUGCAGACUGUGGUGUGCUCAGUCACCGCUUCCCAUCAAGUAAUAAUGUCAAUAAAGAGGCGUCUCCUGCCUCAUCUCCGCUUUCAUCCAGGCUGCCCAGCCCACAGCUCCAUCACCGGAUUCUUCCUUUGCCCACUCAACUCUCUGAGGGUGAUCCCAGCUCUUUGGGGAGAGAAAUGCUUUGGUCGGUACCACGUGACUUUAUCAGAGAGUCCUCAUUCUCAGCAGUGGGGGCUAGACGCAAAGCAUCUAGCCUCGGCAACCUGGGACCAGAAUCCUGUCUUGCUGAUGAGUUCCGGCUAAAGCAUUCAGGAAAUGGUAGAGUCGCCACCUUGCACCUAGAUCUGCCCCCUCCAGGAGGCGGAAUUGUAUCAAAAUCGCUGCUAGAUUCACAAGUUGAAGGGUCUGGUGUUUCUGAUACGAGAGCAGUGACGAGCAGGGAUCAGCAUGCAAGGCCUGAUAGAAAUCUUCUCCAUCUGACUCUGGAAAUACAUCCAGACAAUAGUCCCUCCGAUCCUGAUGACAGGACACCAGGGAGACUGCAGGCUGUUUGGCCACCACCAAAGCCCAAAGAUGAGGAGGACAAAGUGGGGCUGAAGUAUACUGAAGCCGAGUACCAAGCUGCGAUCUUGCAACAGAAGAGGAAGCACAAGGAUGAGGUGGAGAAUCUGAAGUCACAGUUUGAAAUUGACAUUUUCAAUGUACGAGGAGAACAGGCGGUCCAAAUCUCAAAGCUGGAGGAUAGCAUACAGAGCCUACGAGAGGAGUUAGCAAACAGGCUAAAUAAGGUAAAGGGAGACGUCCGGGAUGCCUGCAUUUCAACUGAAGAUGAGAACCUCCCAAAGACCUUUCGCAAUGUCUAUAUUCAGACUGACCGAGACACCUUCCUAAAGCCCAGUGACCAGGACAACAAAGCUCAAAAGAACAACCACAUACUUCCUAAGAAGCUGAACAUCCCAUCACUGACUCAGAGCCUAGCAAGCCCUACAGAAGCUCAGGAGCGAUCUCUGAAUGUGCCUACCUCCUUACCACAUGUUGGGACAGUUCCACCCCCUCCUCCCCUGUUGGGAGGUCAGAUUCCACCACCGCCUCCUUUUCCUGGUGCUAGUUCUAUUCCCCCACCCCCACCACUGCCAGGUUUUAGACCUCCUGCACCUCCUCCUUUACCUGGGUUUGUGCCCCCACCACCGCCGCUGCCUCCUGGCUCUGGUCCACCUCCUCCGCCCCCACUACCCGGCUCUGGUCCACCUCCUCCGCCCCCACUACCCGGCUCUGGUCCACCUCCUCCGCCCCCACUACCCGGCUCUGGUCCUCCUCCUCCACCGCCACCACCACCAGGCUUUGGUCUUCCACCGCCUCCAUCUCUUGGUUCUUUUUUUGGUGGACUCAUGACGACAAACAAACCCCCACGCAAGCCCCCAGUAGAGCCUGGUUGUCCAAUGAAGCCUCUUUACUGGACAAGAAUUCAACUAAAAAACAGCAGUGCCAAGUCGUCUUUGUGGGAAUCCCUGAGGGAACCAGAUAUUGCUGACACCAAAGAAUUUGAGGAUCUUUUUUGUAAAGCCAGUGUUCAGAAGAAGAAAAAGCCACUUUCUGAGUCUUAUGAGAAGAAAACGAAAGCAAGGAAGAUUAUAAAACUGUUGGAUGGGAAGAGAUCGCAGGCUGUAGGCAUUUUAAUAUCCAGUUUACACUUGGACAUGAAGGACAUCCAGCAUGCUAUUCUAAAUGUAGAUGAUUCUGUGGUAGAUCUGGAGACCAUAGAGGCCUUGUAUGAAAACAGAGCACAGAAAGAGGAGCUGGAGACCAUCAAGAAAUACUAUGAGACCUCCUCAUCUGAAGAUGUGAAGUUAUUGGACAAACCUGAACAGUUCCUGUAUGAGUUAUCUCAGAUCCCAAACUUCACAGAGCGAUCGAAGUGUAUUAUUUUCCAAACCGUCUUUGCUGAAGUCAUUGGCUCACUGCGCAGGAAAAUAGAUAUUGUCAUCCGGACCUGUAAUGGCUUGUUGGAAAUGGAGAGUGUGAAAGACAUAAUUGGUUUGAUACUUGCUUUUGGAAACUACAUGAAUGGAGGCAACCGGACACGGGGACAAGCAGAUGGAUUUGGACUGGAAAUUUUGCCAAAAUUAAAAGAUGUCAAGAGUAGGGAGAAUGACAUCAGCCUUGUGGAUUACGUGGUCCGUUAUUAUCUUCGACACUUUGACAAGGAUGGCGGAACAGAUAAGAGUGUCUUUCCGUUGCUAGAACCUCAGGAUUUCUUUCUGGCUGCACAGGUGAAAUUUGAGGACCUUGAAAAGGAUUCACGGAAACUGCAUAAAGAUAUUGAAGUGUGUGAGAAGCAGGCAAACAUGGUGAUGAGGGAUUCUCCAGAGGACCAUCUCCAGCCAUUUAAAGACAGAAUGACAGAGUUUAUCCAGAAAGCCAAAGAAGAAUACAAAACAGAGGAGGAUAAUCUGAGCAAAGCACAGAGCAGCUUUGAAGAAACCGUUGGGUAUUUUGGAGCCAAGCCAAAGGCCGGCGAGAAGGAAAUAAGCCCCAACUCCUUCUUUGUGGCGUGGUACGAAUUCUGCGGUGACUUCAAGAGUGUGUGGAAACGAGAGAGCAAAGCCCUCUCGACAGAAAGGCUCCGUCUGGCUCAGGAGACUGUUAACAAGCUGACAGCAGAGAAGAAAGUGGAAACUAAGAAGAUUAACCCAACAGCCAGUCUGAAAGAAAGACUGCGGCAGAAAGAAGCAAGUGUCGGCAACAACUGAGAUUACCUAAGGGGGUUGCAGAAUUGUGUGUGUGUAAUAAUAAUGUCAGACAAUCAUUUGGGACACCGUCCGUUGAAUAAUAUUGCGGCAAAGGUAGAUUGAGGAGAGUCAGAAGUUACGAAACCUACCCGACAAUGCUAGGAUAAAGCAGAUGCGUUCUGUAUGUUUGAAAAAGGAGACCUCUCUUCUAUGUGUAAAUAGAUAUCUAGAGUUUAUUUGGCCCUUGCAGUUGCUGAGGGCUGUACAAUCAGUCUGUAUAUAUCCUGAGCUGAAGAAGAAAACAAAAAAGCUUUAAAUAGCAGAUAGGUUUAAUUCAUAAUCUGGGACAGAACAAACUGCUGGAAAUGUUCCAGAUUAUUAUUAUUAUUAUUUUUUACUAAACCUAUCUGCAACAAUUGUUUUUUAUUUCUGUUAUUUUUAUAGACUCCACUUGUAUAUUCUUGUAUAGAAUAUUUGAGAUAAAUAUAUAUAUUAUAUAUAUCUAUAUAAAUCUAUUUAUGCAGGAUAAAGUAUGUUAAUUAUUAAAUAUUGAAUAUAUAGAUGAAUUUUAUAGCUGUUGCAAGAUUCCUGCUUUGUGAUCCUAAUAACUGGUUCUUGUUGGUCCAGUAGGAAAUUGCAGCCAAUGUAUGUUCCCCCAUGUUUGCUGAGCAGCUAAACAUUUGCACUACAGACGUAUUUUUCCCAUAUUAUGAUUUAUCCAUAUAAGAGUAUGUGCAGAUAUGGUGAGGACAUACACCAUGUAAAAUAGGGUGUCUGCUUGUGACACCAGUGAUCUGACAUUGUAUGGUAUGCGAGGAUGCAUUGAGACUUCCAUAUCUGUACUGAUGAAGUAUAUUAAAAUAAAAACCUUACCUGAACUAGCUAAGUGGGGGCCUCCCCCAUUAGUAAACAUUAAUUUUAAGGUAACUUGUGCAACAAAUAGCUUACUACUAUACGAUAAAAGGUGAAAUGUGGAAGGUACAAUCCUACUACAGGUGAAGCAGUAGAUAUGGAUUAGUCUGUCAUUUGUCAUUCUCCUAGCACAGGGCAAUCUAUCAUUGUAUUGUAAAAUCUUAUUUAUGUUAAAAGACCGUUUUUUGUAGCUGCCAUUUGCUCUAAAAUCCAAUAUUUGUUACUGUUAUAUUCACAAAAUAAAGUUCUUGUUUUAAAUGA